AUGCAAGACGACGCCUCGCAGCCUGGCGGUUUUCAGCCCCUCAGCCUUGUCAUUUCGCUGCGCCUCUGCAGGAUGGGAUUCGUCGAAUGUAGACAAAACGCCGCUGACGCAUGCGACUAUGAACCGAAUCUCGCUAAUUGGACGCGCAUGCGCCGUGUCACGCAGCGCGAGACAGAGGAUACAUGGUUCCGCUUCCUGGUCAAGAUGACCGCCCCGGAUUCCAAGUCGAGCUACACCUGGCACGAGAUGACUUUCUUCUCGCGCUGGACUCCGAACGGGUGCAGAAUGCUCUGCAUUGGCGUACCCUCUCUGUUCACAACACUCCUCCAGGACUCGCUGUCACGCAUGAACACCCCACAACCCCCGACCGAGCCCUACUCGCUCCACGUACCUGUGCUGGAAGCCAUAGUAGCCAUGCAGGAUCUGUCUCUCUGGUCGAUGCGCGACAUCGUCCGGGGUAUUGAGAAGACCCGCGCCCUCGCCCUCCGCGGCCCCGAAGCUUUCCUGCCCAUGCACGAAGGCGCGCGCCACGCCAUCCACGCCUUCGAAGUGCUCAGCGUCUCCGUCCAAACCGGCGAAGCCCUGCAGCAGAACCUGGCCCAGCUGCGCCCUGAUCCACGUUCCAGACGCUCGAGUGCCCUGGUACCACACGUCGCCUUCCAGCUGCAGAUGCUGCGCAACUUGCUGUCGCGGUCGCAGUCGAACAAGGAAAGGCUGCAGAACGAGGUUGCUCAGGCGCAUAACAUGAUUGCCCAGCGGGAUAGCCAGACCAUGACGAAGCUGGGGGAGGCGGCGAAGCGGGACAGCGGCGCGAUGCGGACGGUUGCGGUGGUAACGAUGGCGUUUCUGCCGCCUACGUUUCUGUCGGCCAUAUUCAGCAUGUCCUUCUUCAACUACACCCCCCCGCCGGCCAGCAGCGGCUGGAGCGUGUCGAGCAGCGUGUGGAUAUAUUUCUUGUGCGCGGUGCCGCUGACGCUGGGUACGCUGGGGGUGUGGUUCUGGGGCGCGUGGGUGGGGCGGUGGAUGCGGCGGGUGGCGGGGGGCAAGGCAUGA